UGUUGCGUAUCUUGGUGUUGACGGUUGAGUCGUGUCUGUGGCAGGUCCGUGUGUCACCGUUAGCGGAUGCGUUGAGACAGGCCAUGAAAAAUCCAUUUAAUCCGCGCUUCACGUCAAGAAUUACGAUUUUCUGACGCGCGUAUCGUAUUUCUGAGAUCCCGAUACUUUAUUUGCGUGCUCAAUUGAUGUGCAAUAGUGACGACUGAUGCCCGCAAGGCGGGGCGAGAAUUCCUCUUUGUGUCGAAGAAGUAGUCCCCCGUCCAGGCAGGCUAACAGCGAAAAGAUGCCCCGUCCACAAAUAUCAAACAUGGAGGCUCCGACAAUGUAACGAAAAUUCCUUUAAACCGCGUUGUGUUUCGUGAGUUUUGAGUAGUCGUUACCUCGGUCAAAACAAAAAUGGAGCUACGCGUAGGGAACAAGUAUAGGCUCGGGCGGAAAAUCGGGAGCGGUUCCUUCGGUGAUAUUUAUCUAGGGACGAACAUUUCCACGGGUGAGGAAGUCGCCAUAAAGCUAGAAUGCAUAAAAACAAGGCAUCCCCAGCUCCAUAUAGAGUCGAAAUUUUACAAAAUGAUGCAAGGUGGUGUUGGAAUCCCCACAAUAAAAUGGUGCGGUUCGGAAGGUGACUAUAAUGUUAUGGUGAUGGAACUACUCGGCCCAUCACUUGAAGAUCUUUUCAAUUUUUGCUCUCGAAAAUUUUCGUUAAAAACUGUUCUACUACUCGCUGAUCAAUUGAUAAGCAGAACGGAUUACAUUCAUAGUCGAAAUUUCAUCCACCGGGAUAUCAAACCUGACAAUUUUCUCAUGGGCUUGGGAAAGAAAGGAAAUCUUGUAUAUAUCAUAGAUUUCGGUCUGGCCAAAAAGUAUCGAGAUGGUCGGACGCACAUGCACAUACCUUAUCGAGAAAAUAAAAACCUCACAGGAACUGCCAGAUAUGCAAGUAUAAAUACACAUUUGGGAAUUGAACAAUCACGGAGAGAUGAUCUUGAAUCGUUAGGUUAUGUCCUGAUGUAUUUUAAUCGGGGAAGUCUCCCUUGGCAGGGGCUUAAGGCAGCUACGAAGAGACAAAAAUAUGAACGUAUCUCAGAAAAAAAAAUGUCUACUCCUAUAGAAGAGCUUUGCAAGGGUUAUCCUGCCGAAUUCUCAACGUAUUUGAGGUACUGUAGGCAACUUCGUUUUGAAGAGCGACCGGAUUACUCAUACCUGCGACAGUUAUUUCGCACAUUGUUUCAUAGUCAGGGAUUUACUUACGACUAUGUUUUUGACUGGAACAUGUUGAAGUUUGGUAACGCCAGGCAACCCGCACAGCCCUCGGCCCAACAGCCACCUAGCCACUCACAGCCCACUAAUGUGGCACCUCCUAGUGGGACCAACAAUGAUCAGGAACAUCGCUCAAGUUCCAGGCCUUAUACACGACAAUGUCUGGCAAAUGCAUUGGGUCUCGGUCCUGCGGGUCCAACAGUUGGCACUUCUAGUCGUCGCCAGAAACAUGAGACGAUGGACGCACGCGGUGAUCAGGACAAUCAGGACAAGAGCGACCUCCAAGCAGCUGGGGCUGGUGGCCAAGAGCGAAGGGUCAGUAUGCGGCUUCAUCGAAGUAACGCUGCUGCAGCUGCCGGAGAAAUGCAGCCCAAGUCCAAGAAGCGCCAAUGCGACGGCAAUAGCACUGCCCAUUCUGGUGGCCAGGCGGGCAAGCGUUCAGCACAACAAGUGAGCGCCAACCAUUCUUCCAAUCAGCACUCAUCUUUGCCUGGCAGUCGUCAGAGUCGGAAGUAAACUUUUGAAUAAAGAAUUCUGCUGCACUAGGCCAGCAAUAUCCCUGCCUUUUUUAUACCACACACAUCACACACAUACACACAUCCCCAAAUUCAGAAGAGAGAGUGUGAGAGAGAAAGAGAGUGAGCGAGAGACCGAGAGAAAGAGAGAGAGAGAUUGAAUUAAAGUUUUGUCGAUUGAAAAGGAAAAAACAA